AUAAACUCAGUGACUGAGGGUCCACAACCCUCCAGGAUGGAGAAUUCUGAAAUAAGCACCAUCUUCUAAAUGAAGUAAUAUCUCAGUCCUAAAUGGCCUAUCCCUGACACUGAGACUUUAACACCUGGUUCUAGUCACUUCAGCAAGAUCAAGCGGAAAGAUCCCUGCAUUUAUAAUAGAGCUGUUUAUGAACUGUGAAUUUCCAUGAGAUCACCUUUCAUUCUUCUAACUUUAUUUUUGCUGCCUGUUAUACCACUGGCAUUUAGGGCAGCAAUGAAGAUCCUCCAUCUCUGGUGGUGAUUAGGGCUUCCCUCAUCAUGGCAGUAGCUUCCUCUUAAGAUUCAGGAAUACCAUCGCACUCAGAUAUAGAAGGAUUCUUCACUGCUGAUUCUGUAAUGAUAUUGUUUUGCAGUCAUGGUUGUUAGCCCCAAGUUGAACCUUUGAACUUGGAGGACAGGUGGACCACUCAGUCUGGCCUCUACCCUUUGGAUAUUUUGGAAUGGUUGACCUUUUCAAAAGACAAGUCAUAAAGCCUUGACUCCAGCCAACAUAGCUCUCCAGGUCAUUAAGGCACACAAGCCUCAAAAUCACAACAAGGUUGUUGUCCUCUCAAAUUCAUCUGAAUGCUAGUGGAUAUUGUCGUCAUCUACUCACCUUCCUUGUGUGGCAAACCUAUCAUCCCAGGAAACAUUGUGAAUCUUACAUGUAUUCCGUCUUUGGCAGUUAUACAGUGGUGCUUGAGAUUUUGUGAACUCUGUAGAAUUUUCUCUAUAUUUCUGCAUAAAUAUGAUCUAAAAUGUGAUCAGAUGUUCAUGGAAGUCCUAAAUCAAGAUAAAGAGAACCCAAUUAAUUAAAUAACACAAAAACAUUGGUUGUUUAUUUAUGAGAAAAUGAUUUAAUAUUACAUUUAUAGGUUGGAAAACGUAUGCGAACUUUUGCUUCCAGUAACUGGUGUGACCACCCACACCCCCCAUACAGCAAUAACUUCAACCAAACAUUUCCAAUAACUGUUGAUCAGUCAGCCCUGCAUGUUGGCUUGGAGGAAUUUUAGGCCAUUCCUUCUUACAAAACUGCUUCAACUCCGGGAUGUUGGUGUUCCUUGCAUGAACUGCUUGCUUCAGGUCCUUGCACAACAUUUCUAUAGGAUUAAGGUCAGGACUUGGUCUUGGCCAUUCCAAAACACAAAUUUUCUUAACCAUUCUGUUGUUGAUUUACUCGUCUUUCCGAAUCAUUGUUUUGUUACAUUAUCCAACUGCUUUAAACUUCAGGUGACCGUCUGCUACCAUGACUUACCUCUGUUGAACAUCUUGAUUCAAUUUUUCAUUCAUUUUUUCCUUAACAAUUGCAAGUUGUCCAAGUCCUGAGGCAGCAAAGCGGCCUUAUGCUCCUUCCACCGUUCUUCACUGUCUGGAUGAGGUUUUGGUGUUGGUGUGCAGUGCCCUUUUUACUCCAAACAUAGCAAUGUGUAUUUCUGCCAAGAAGUACGACUUCUAUCUCAUCUGUCCACAGGAUAUUGUCCCAGAAGCUUUGUAAAAUAUCCAGAUGGCCUUUUGCAAAUUUGUGAUAAGCAAUAUUUUUGUUUUCAAAGAGCAGUGGUUUUCUCUGAAGACACUUCCCAUGAACACCAUUCUUGUUCAGUGUUUUUUUUAUAUAAUGGACACAAGUUCUAGAGAUUUCUGCAGGUCUUUUCCAUUACCCUUGGGUUCUUUUUCACCUCCUUCAGCAUUUUAUGUUGUGCUCUUGGUGUGACCUUUGCAGGAUGCCCACUUCUAGGGAGAGUAGCAACAGUACUGAGUUUCUUCCAUUUGUAAAUAAUUUAUCUUACUGUGUACUGAUGAACAUUCAGGUUUGUAGCCUUUUCCAGCUUCAUAUCUCUACAAUUCUUCUUCUAAGGUCCUCUGAAAGUUGGUUUGAUAAAGGCAUGGUGCACAUAACCAGAUCUUUCUUGAGAAGAGCAGGCUCUGUCAGUAACCUGAUUUUGUGUGUCUUUUUUUAAAAAAGGGCAGAGCACCUCUACAACCCACACUUCCAAUUUCAUCUCAUUGAUUGGAAUACCCGAAUCCAAUAGCUUUUGCAGAGGUUCACAUACUUUUCAAAUACAUGUAAUAUUGGAUCAUUUUUCUGAAUAAAUAAAUGAACAAGUAUAAUGUUUUUGUUAUUUAUUUGGGUUCUCUUUAUCUAGUUUUAGGACUGUGUUGCCCUUAUGGCAUUUGUUUAGUUUAUAAUAUUUUGCUUUAGUAAUUCGGUUGUUAUCAUUUUUUAGUUAAAGUUAAGAUUGUUUAAAUUAAAUUCGUUGUCUGUGAUAUAUCCUGUGAUAUAUCGCAGCAUGCGAUGACGUCACACCCAGUUUUGCCACGUCUUGUGGGAAAAUACCGGUUUGGAGAAACGGGAAGGAGGGGGCUAACAUGUGCAGGAUCAGCGCAAGAAAAGUUUUCUUUCUACGCACUAGAAACAUCAGUGAAGCAACGCCUUUUCACCAUAUGUUAAUGUAGAACAGUGAACAGUAAACGGUUAAUCUUACUGCGAUCCUGUCUUCAUUGACCACGGUUUACCUCAGUGUUUAGUUCAGAGUUCUUUUACACCUGAGCGAGAACACUACAAGGACAUUUGAAGAUAUGAUCACAUUUUCAGUCAUAUUUAUGCAGAAAUAGAGAGAAUUCUUCAGGGUUCACAAACUUUAUAGCACCACUGUACCUUUUAAUAGGAGAGAUCAAUUCGACACAAUGUUUCACGUGAUUUUGCUGGAGUCUCAUAUAAUUGCAGGAAGAUAUUUUCACUGUAUUACUUGAAUUUUCCAAUAAUGACUGGCAUACCACUUGUCCUGAUCACUUGUACACCUCGAUUUUAGAUCUCAGUGAUCAGUGUAUAAGAACAUCUGGGUCCCUUUGAAUAUUUAGAAAAUACAGUUUUUCUUAUGUAACAGGACAUGGUCCUGAAGUAGAUGAUCUCACAUUUUAUUCCAUCUGCCAUGUCCUGUUAACUCAUCUGGCUUGUCCAUGUCCCCUUGACCCUCUGUACAUCCACCAACCUACUUACAAUUUUACUUAGUUUUGUGUCAUCAGCAAACUUGGAAACAUAGCAUUAAAGCCAUUAAAAUACCUACAAUUCUACGUACUCUAACCUUGUUGAUCAGCCUCCAAUGUUGGAACUUUAAAAUAAAGCCUGAAAAUCUAAAUACAUCAUAACCAGUGAUUCAAAAAGAUAAGCUGCUGGAAGAACUCAGUGAUUCAAGCAGCAUCUGUAGGGAAAAAAGGGAUGAUGAUUUUUGGAUAAGAUCCUGCAUCAGAUUUGAGGGUAUAGAAUGAAACUGGCAAUGUACAGAAGUGAGAGGGAGUUCUGGGACAGAGGCUGGUAAAUGAACCAGAUAAGAUAGGGGCAGGGCAAGGAGAGAAUGCUGAGACAGAGGGUGAUAGAUAGAAACACAAGAAUAGAAAAAGAAAAUGAUUCAGAUGGAGUCGAAUUGGUGGGGGGGGGGGAAAGGAAAGAGGGGUAUGGGUAAAACCAGAGAUUGAUAGGUGAUAGACCCAUCGAGUCCGUGCAAACAAGAGUACCUUUCUACACUAAUCCCCAAACUAGAAAACCAUUCAUAAACACUGUGCCUUGACAAUUUGAGUGCUCAUAUAGGUACUUUUUACCUGUUUGUCUCUGCCUCCACCACCCACUCGGGCAGUGUGUCCCAUAUCACAACUACAUGCAGCUGGAAAAAGUUCCUCUUCAGAUUCCUUCUAAAUCUUAAAAUCCAUACCUUGAAUCUAUGCACACAAUACUCAGCUGUGAGGAAAAUGGUUGCUGCAAUUUACAGCAUAUUCCAAUUAAUAUAAAUUUCUGUCAGGGUCCCCCUCCGCUGCCUGUGCUCAAUGGAAACUGAAGACAGCCUAGAGAAAUAGGUUCAAAUUCGAUGAGUUUGAAAUAAACAUUAAUAUCAAUAAAAUUACUUGAAAUUAUUAAAUUGCUAUUUUGGCAAGUACAUUUAAUUCUCUGAAGUCGAUUAGGACAAGGAAUUUGAUGUCCUUAUCUAUGCUGAGCUACACAUCUCUUGUUUCAAGCCAGUGCUUUUUACUAACCAUUUAAUAAAAAAAUCCAUAAUAUUGCAGAAUAAUCAUAACAAAGCUCUCAGCAUUUUUACUGACCAUAAUUAACAGCAACUUCAUGAUAUCUGCAAGUGCAAAUACAAAAAUCUUAAUAAUGCAGUUAGCAGCUCACGGCUAGAAGUAGUCUGUGCUGUAAUAAUGGAGUUCAGUUAAUUGUUCAUACUUAAUUGUUGACUAUUUGCCUGAAAAUCCUGUGCCAGACUGGAGGCCAAUCAUCUCUGGAAACAAGUAAAAUUAAAGUCUAGGGAAACCAGGCAAGAAUCUUCUACUGGUUGGUGUCAACUUAGAAUAAAGAAAAUUUGAUGUGAUUAUUGGACACCAGUUAUGCUAGCCCAUGGACAUAGCUGCAAACAUUUCUUAGGGUAGUGUUCUUUGGCACUGUAAUCAUAAGCUGCUUCAUCAAUGAUUGUACAAUUACUUCCAUUCUCAGCAACUUAUUGUUACAGAUUUCAUGAGAAUGCCUGGAAGCCUUCGAGUGACUGAUACAUUAUGAAGCAGUAUGUGCCAACUAUACAUACCAAGCCCAGACUGAAAAGUGGAAAGUAUCAUUUAUAUCAAUAGAAAUCCAGGCAAUGACCAUUUCUAGUAAUGAGGUCCUUAACACUUAACAUGUUUUUCUUUCACAAAACCUUCAAAAGCAAUAUUCUAAGGCUCACUUCUGACCAAAUGCUUAACAGGAUUAGAGCUAUAAAUACUGCAGACACAGGAUCAGAUCAGAUGCUGACUAUUUCCAUAACAUAAGCAAAGCACAGGAGAGGAAUAGAGAAUGAUAACUGGAUGAGUACAAUUCAAUAUCAUCUUGUCUAAAGCAGUUAACUUGAUAGGUACCCAUCCAGCUCCAAGUCAGAUAGAUUAUGGUUAUAUGACACACAGUAACAACGUGCCUAGGCUGCUCCUACAGCAUUAAGUAUGCCUGCACACCCCCACCACCCCAAUCCACAGCACUGAGAAGGACAAGUGUAACAGAUGCACGAGGCCACCCCAAUGUUAACUUUUAAAAUGUAUUGUUCCUUCAGCUUUGAAUGUCAAAAUCCUGGAGCUGCCCAAUUAAUCGUAUUGUGGAAAUACCUUGACCAGGCAAACCAUACAAUCUUGAGAGGCAAUUCACUACUUUUUCAAGAGCAGUUCAGGUUCAGUAAUAAAUGCUAAGUCUUACUAAUGGUGGCCACAUUUCACAAAUGAUGAAAAACAAUAUAUAUACUAUACAAGCUACAAACAUACUCUGCACCAUAGUACAAACUACAGAUAUAGUGUUAACUUUUCAGGACUUACAGCUUUUGAAGAAACAUACCAUUUUGACAAUCUGGAUAUUAGAAUACAAAGUUUUGUGGGGGUUUUGUAGUCCUCAAUUUCAGCUGCUGUUUUACUACUGCGUAUCUUACCCAACAGCCAAGAAUAUUCCAUAUUUGUGGGCGACCUCUCUCCAGAAGUUGAUGAUUUUCAUCUGUAUGAUUACUUUGUUAAGAAAUAUCCAUCUUGUAGAGGUGGGAAAGUGGUUACAGACACAUCUGGAAACUCAAGGAUUAACAAGGACACCAAAUACUUGGACUGAUGGUACCUCAGAUGUAAAAGGAUUUGGAUUUGUCAGGUUUUCUGAUGAAGCAGAACAGAAAAAGGCUUUAGAAGAAUGUCAAAACAGCAAAGGUUUAGGAGGAAAACCCAUCCGAAUAAGUAUAGCAGUGCCAAAAAGUGCAAAAACAAAAUCUGAAUAUCAGCCAACUGCAAGCUACAACUACACGCAGUACUAUCAACAGUACCAGCAGUAUUACUCUCAGUGGUGUUAUGAUCCCUAUGCCAGCUAUGGCUAUGGGUACCCACAGUAUGGUGCCACUGAGACAUCAGGAAUAACUUCUUCACUCAUGACAGAAAUGUCACAGCUGUCUGAGUUUCAGCAAAAUACUACACUAAGUGAAGAAAAUGAAGAGGAAUGUGUGGAAGAUCCAGAUCCAAAGUUGGAUAUUGAUGAAGUUAACAAGCAAUUCAUGGAACAAAGUGAAGAACUGUAUGAAUCGUUAAUGAAUUGUCACUGGCAGCCCCUGGAUUCCAUCACAUCAGAGAUUCCCAGUGUAGUAUGAUUUAAGAAAAAAUGUUCUUUUGUAACAUAAUUCUUGCAUAUCUAUAUUUAAAAUGGGGGCAGUAUAUGCUAAUUUAGAAUUAGUUGAGUUAUGACCUCAAUAGCAUUAGAUGUGCUGUAUAUUUCAGAAGACUUUUUUGUAUUGCAAAAUUCAGCCUUAUCUGUGAAUUGGUUACAUUUCAUAUAGUGCUCUUCAUCUUGGACCAGCUUGCUGAAUAAAGUCAUUUUCUGUCUCUAAUGUAAGAAUCUGCAGAUGCAGGAAAUCUUGAAUAAUACAAUUCUGGAGUAACUCGGCAAGUCGGAUAGCAUUUACAGAGGGGAAAUGCAGAUGUUUUGGGCUGCAAUUACAUCAGAUGAGGGUUCUCAGCAUGAAAAGCCAACUGUUUAUUCCCCUCCCAUAGAACUGCCUUACCUUGGGCAAUCAGUAGCUAGUGGCUAAAUGUAAUGGAUUGAGCAAAGCUGAGUUGUGAAAUAUAACUAAUCUUUGCUCUGAGCUUAUGCUGUAUAAGCUAAAAGACUUCCAAGCUUCCUCAAGCCUAUUUGCUUCCUCCCACAUGUUUAUUGCAACAUUGUUUUUAUUUUCCCUCCCCUACUGUACUUGGAAUGUUUUUCCAUGUAACUUGCAUCUUCCCGUGCUUUGCUAAGUUAAAUGUUCUUCUGCUGAUCAAGUUCUUGAAGUUAAUAGCCUAUAUCUAAAGAUUCCAGUGUGUGGAACACAAGUACUUGCAACCAGUGACAAGAGGUUUAAUGCUAAUGAUUUUUGACUAAACUUAAAAUCACCUUACUGCUGUAAGCCCUUCAACUGCUAUUUGUCCAUUAAGUCUUGUAUUCUCAUUGUAUUUUUUUUUCAACAGUGAAUUUGAGAUGCCAUGCAACUUGUAUAAAUUAUGGAAGGAGACUCUCUACUGUGAGAGUGAACCAGCUAGUAUAACUUUCAACUACUUAUCUGGUUACCUUUCAAGUGCUACAGUUACUUUGCCUUCAGAAUUACAGGGAGUGGAUUCUAUAUCCUAAAAACUCCUUUUGGGGGUUAGGGGGAACAUCUUUGGUUUACUUUUAGUCAAUGGUCUCAAUCAUUAAACUUCAGGAUUCAAGUUUAUUUGUCAUGUGUACAUUGAAACCUAAUGCAAUGUGCUGUUUGCAUUAACAACCAACUCAGCUGAGUGUAAUCCUCAAGUAUAAAAAAUUUUAAUGCCAACUGCAGCCAAAGGAAGCAAUUUCUAAGACUUCCUCUUCCUAUGCUGAUUUGCAUGAUCUACCUCCCCCCCCCCCCUACCCUAUGCUUCCCUCAUCUUUUGUCAAUCUACUUCACUUCCAUGUUAGUCACUCACUUGCUCUCCACUUUUUCUUUCUGACCACAUUUCCAUUUGUCCCUUAUUUCCACUUCCUUGCCUUUCUCCUCUUUCUCCCCCUCUCCUUCCCUGCAUACAACCCAUAGCUCUGGUUUGUUCUUCUCUGCUGUACCAGCCAGGAGCAGCCACUUUGGCUGGUGUCACAGAAAAAUCUCACCAAUAUGUAGUACAUCAAUUUGCACAACUCAAUAUGCAACUUUUGUCUGUACCUUGGAUUGCUGUGGUGUGAGCUUACUAGUUAGCCAGCAGGGGAGUCAGGAGGAGAAAUAAAUCAAAUCAGCUGCACAUAAAAGAAAUACUAUAUUUGUCUCAUUCUGAUAUUACAACAGGGGUUAGUACAAGCUCCGCAGCACUCUAAAGAAACCAUUGAUACCAUAUCCAGCUGCCACUGUGCCAGCACAGCUGAGACCUGCUGUCUAGGUGCUAAGCAGUCAUCUGGUUCUGUCUGUAAAGCAUUUGUUCUUCCAGUAACUGCAUAGCUUCCUUGGGUGCUCUGGGCUCUUCCUAAGUCCCAAUGAUGUGCCGAUUGGUGGGCUAGUUGACUACUGUAAAUUAUACUUGGACUGUUCUUGGUGGUAUCAUGGGAGCUGGUGGGAAUUUGGGAAGAAUAAAAAUGCAGUUAAGGUAGGAUUAGUGUAAAAGACCGUUUUUUUUGUGCAGUUUGAACUCUGGGUACCCCUGGGAUUUUUACAGCAGGGUUUCAUCUAAUACCUUUAAUGUAAUGAUUCUACAUAAACAUUCUUUCAGAUAGUGACUUAGACAUUAAGUGAUUAAUGUUCUAACUCAUUGCCUGUACUGCUAAUUAUUGGCCUUUACCAGUUAACAUAUUCUGCUCACUUUAUUAAACUUCAUCUGAAGCUCCUUGUUUUGAAGGAAAGUAAAAGUAUACAAUCAUUUCUCAGCUCAGGUUCUCUGCUCCUCAGUGUCUUGGGUUGUGAAUGGCCAAGCUAGAGCAAUGAAGUGCUAUUGUGUCAAAUGCCCCUUUCAGUUAAGAAGGGUUAAGUGUUUCUUCUAAGUUUAGGUCACCAAUUUGGAAGCCCUCUCGAAUCUCAUUCCCAAGCCUGCUGGGCUUGGGUGGAGUUGCAUGAUCAGAUUGAAGCAGCCGUGGACCACUUGUGCAGUGGGAAUAACUCAGCCACUUCAAAUAUCAGUGAACACAUGACUGGCUUCCUGAAGCAGCUGUUUACAUAUCUUCACCAGACAGGUGACCAGAUUCUUGGUGAUUUAGCCCAGGCAAUCCAUCAUAUCCACUCAUUUGGUGUGAUAGCAUAAUGGUUAAGUUCCCAUAACAUCAAGAAAUUCAAGUAAAUCUGUAUUUUUAAAAUCUGGAUUUUAAUAAUUGUACCUGUGAUUUAAAUCAAGAAUGAUCUGGUUCACCAUUCCCUUCAGGGAAAAGAACCUGCUGUCCUCCUCUUCCCCAUCAGAGCCAGCCCACAAGGGACCUGAUCUGCUUCAUUACUGCAGUGGUAGUUAAUGAUGGGCAAUAAAUUGUCCUUACCAACAAUGCUGCUACUAGCUGUGUCCAUGACCUACAUUCCUCCUAUGGAUAGACCUCCCCAAACUGGAUCUUAUGUAACACCCUCUCUCCAAAGCCUUAGAUCAACAUUCCUUACUGGUUUCUCUGAGAAACCAACCCUUCAUGCAACUCAAGGAUAAUUGUACCUACAUGGCACCUAGUUAUAGAGUCAUACAGAAUGGAAGCUGGCCCUUUGGCCAGCUGAUCUGUGACAUUAACCAAGAUGCCCAUCUAUUCUAAUUUCUAUUUGCCCAUGUUGCCUAGUACUUGUUUUUCAUUUUAUAUGGACCACCUUUUGAGUGGAAAAAGUUGCUCCUCAAGUUCCUAUUAAAUCUCUCUGCUCUCACUUCAAAAUUGUUUCUUUUAAAAUUCAAAAUUUAUUUCUUGAUUUCCCCAAUGCUGGGGAAAAGUUGUGCAUUCAGUGUGUCCAGACCACUAAUGAUACACCUCCAUAAAAUCAUGCCACAAUCUCCUACUUUCCAGUGAACCUUUUGGUAACUCAGUCCCUUUAUGAAUCUUUUCUGCACUCUUCCCAAACCAAAACUGAACCUUGAGCACUAGACCUACAGAAAUUAUUUCACUGCCCACAUUUCAGUUUAAUCAUUACAAUUGGCUAUUAGCCUGUGCAACACCUGCUAUUUCCCUCACUUUCACCAGUCAUUUCUUUUCAACAGUGCAUUAGUAUAAAUCCUAGUUAUCAGAAUUUGUCUAAAAUCAUUUCUGCACUGAGCUUCAUGCAAGCCUAUUGUUUUGACAUUACACAGACAAAAGCAUGAUGUAUUUUAGGGCCUACCUCAACAAAGGAAGCCACAGGUCCUCAUGGGAUGAGGUCAUCGUCACCCUUUCACUACUGGACAUUAAACUGCUCCUGACUAGCCAACACUGUACUAGUGAAUAUUUUGUAUUCUAUGAUGAUUUAAAAUCCUGAAUUUUACUCCUGCAUAAGGUCAAGAUGUAAAAAGGCAGUAUUAUAUAAAUACAAUAGGGUCUUUUAAGAGGCUCCUGGAUAGGUACAUGGAGCUCAGAAAAAUAGAGGGCUAUGGGUAACCCUACCUAAUUUCUAAGGUAAUGACAUGUUUGGCACAACUGUGGGCCAAAGGGCUUGUGUUGUGCUAUAGGUUUUCUAUGUAAAUGAUAUGGUCUUGUAUUCAAUUAAAACCAAAGAGGUUUAUAUAUAGAAAUUUUGGAUGGUGUCAGGAUGUUAGGACAUAUUCUGGAGUUAGGGUAUAUAGCAAAUACUAAUUUCAACAGCAGCCAUUCUUCAGAUUUGAUUGCAGAUUGAAUUUAAAACACAGCUCAGAACAAUGGGUUUCCUGGAGCUGCAAGCUGAGGUCAACAACAAAGAAAUACUCCACUUAGACUUCAGAUGCUGCAUAUGAAUGAAUGUGACCUAAAAUCAGUGGGGAUUAACAUUCAUUUUGGGCAUCUGGAGUGUGAGUGUGAAGAGGGAGAUGUUUGAAAACUGUAUGUAAUUCAAAGGAAGCAUUGUAGAUGCAUCGUAACUGUAGAUUUGUCCUGCUGUUACCUUUGAUCUUUAGUAUAUAAAAUGUUGUGUAAUAUUGAGCUGGGCAUGCCUCUUCUUCCAUGAGUGUCCAGAAUGCUGAAUAAAUGCUUUUAUAUUGACUAGC